AUGGAAAGUCGGAGCAGGAAUACCAAGCGCGUCUUGGGACAUCAAGGAUACUGCUCUAUACUUCUCGUGAAAACUUCUGUCUAUCAAGAAACUAUCAGAGAAGUGAUCAGACAUUUCAAAGCUCGUGUACGUGGCCAUGCUUCCCGGAAGAACUUGGAUCAUCGUAUAAAAUAUGUCGCUCCAGAAAGGCUGGGACAGAACAUCCUGCCAGCGUUGAAACGGAGGCUGUGGUUGUUCUCACUCGCUCUGAAUACAUCCAACUCGCCAAAAGAUACGAAACCCUGGUACAGUGGGAUUCUCGACCACUUGGCAGACAUUGAUGACCUCUUGGAAGACACUGAUACGUAUAUCAUCUCGAUUUGGAGGAGCUACACGCCCAACCAAGGAUACCCAGUUUUUGUGGACGAUAUUCCUUUCAGAGUCCAAAGAAUUGCAGAGCACGUUCGAGAGCUGUUUGAAAGCCAACUUGGUCGAUUGUUUGACGCGUACCAUACGUUUUUUGAUGAUUUCCGUCUUCUGAAGCCGUGUAGCAACGCACUCUCAAGUCCCGAAGAAGGAAACACUGUUUACCGCCUCACAGCUGCAUCGAGCGAAAAAAUUGAUGACAUCCUUGGAUCGCUUGAUAAAUCUUCGUUGGGGCUGGCGAAAGAAGGAUGGCAAAAGUUGGUCAAAGAAAUCGACACCUCGUUCGAAUAUCCUUUGGAAGGACCAGUUUUGAACCCCUUGGACCCUGACUACCCUAACGGUUAUGAAGAGCUUAUUCUCGGGAUAGAAACAAGAAGAAACAAGUCAUUCCAAGCUGCAACUCCGGUCGUCAAGUUAUGCCGGAUUUAUUUCAAGAAACUCGUGCGACCAACCAACAAUCAACCAUUGAUCUUUGUGGCUCCAUCGAUGAAUAUGACUGAGGAUCAAUUGAUGCGGUUCGUCGAACACACCAAUCGGACUGAUAGCUUUACGGAUCAUUUUGUGAGCGUGAUCAUACAUUGGUCGGAUCAACUCGAUGUCGUUUUUGGUGUGACAGUUGAACUUCAGCUUCACUUUCGUGAACUAUCUCCGAUCCUCGAGGAGUAUUGGGAAUCCUUGUUGGAAAGCAACAAUCCACGAGUUGAUCAACAAGCAAUUGCCGACACUCGCCAGUGGCUAGAAUCUUGGAAGUCGCAUUUUCCCCUCGCGAUGGAAAACUUCAUUCAAAUUACAGGUUGUAACGACUUCCCCAGGCCUAUCAUUGACGAGAGACACACUGGUGUGGAGGAAGUAUCAGAUGAGAGCGACACUGAGCAAUCUGAUCAAGAAAACGGUUCGGUAUUCAAAUACGGCUCCGAUGGCGAGGACCGAUUGGAUGGCAAGGCCGGAUCGGAUGGCGACGGCGGCUUGGAUGGCGAGGAAGACCCUCAUGAUGAAGAUAACACGGAAUAA